CACGGCCGGCGCAGCGGCCGCGGCACCCUGCGCGCAUUCUGGCCAGGCGCUUCCGCUACAAGCUCCUCUCUUUGGCCAGGCCUUGUUGCAAGCACGCUGACGGCCUUUGAAAUUAGCGGGGAAAGCACGGCAACCCUGGAACGCCGCCCGCGGCCUCCCUCCCCAGCUGGCCCCGCCUAACGACGGGUCAAGAGCAGGCAGGACGCCCAGCGCCAGCUCCGCAAACACCAUGCAGCAGUAAGAGCAGCAGCGGCAGGCACUGCUCGUUUCCGCAGCCCGGCAGCACCGCGACCACGCUCAGGCCGAGCGCGGCCGCUCCGACAGCCCGCAGAGCCCGCGGCGCUGCCCGAUUGGCGCCUCCCGCCGUUCGCCUGCGCAGAGCUGUCCUGCGGCGCAUCCGGGGUCGCGUCGCGGCGGUUGGGUCAUGGCGACUGUGGCGGAGCUGAAAGCAGAAGCACCUGGGACCAGUAACGUGCCGCUUCUGAAGCUGCUAGAAUGUACGUUCGCUGCUGGAACCGAUAUAAUCGUGACUUCUUCAAAGGGUUAAUUUUUUAUCUGUGCUCCCUGUUGGCAUAUGCACGGCUCUGGAUAUCUUAUCUUUAUUUCCCCGUGAAUGUGCUCAAAUUGUAUUGCGUAUGAUAAAGGCUGCUUUGACGUGUUUGGCGUGGUACUAACAGACCUUUUGAUGGUGUUAGUUCUAAAGGACACACUGGAGAAAAGAGGUGCUCUUGGACAAAUAAAAGCCAGGAUCAGAGCUGAAGUUUUCAAUGCGUUGGAUGACCAGAGCGUGCCACGGCCAGCGCUGUCUCACGAAAAUCUCUUAAUCAACGAACUAAUUCGUGAAUACCUGGACUAUAACAAAUACAAAUACACAGCAUCUGUCUUGACUUCAGAAGCUGGCCAGCCCGAAGUGCCCUUGGAUAGAGAGUUUCUUGCCAAAGAGCUGAAUAUAGUCGAAGACACAAGUGGAAAAUCAGUCAGCCCUCUCUUGUAUGGCGUACUCUCUCAUUUCCUACGUGGUGGUAAAGCAGAAAGUACUCAGAAUACCCUUCCCAGCGUGUCUUUGCUGAAUUACCCAGAGCAGAACCUUGGAAAACUACCUGCUGAGAGAAAUUAGAAAGAGAGAAUUCCAACGCAGGGAGGACGGCUGGCACGGCCGGGAGGAGCCCCUUGCUCUGCAAAGCAGAAACAGAUGAUGGCUUUCCUAAGCUAAUUUCUCAAGCAAAGUUCUGCAGUUCAGGCAGUUGGUUUCGCUAGCUUCCCCCAGUGUGCCCUGUGGGCAUGUUUCGGCUUGCUGAAUUUACCAGUGAGGCAGGCUGGUGGUUAACGAUGAUCCACACUGUCAGUGAAGGAGCUGUCAGCAAAGUCUCUCUCUUCCUUUAGUGCUGAUAGAAGAACUCUAUGAAGUUGGAUCAGUGAAGCCUGUGUCUAGAACUGGGCCUAAAAAUACUGAGUUUACUUUAUAAAAAGCUGACAGCUAACAUCACGUCUGCGCCUCCCUUUGUAUGCUGCGUCUUUGUGUGGCUUUCCUCUGUUUCUGAAUAACACCUGCAACAGAUUCUGUGUGGCAUUUUGAGUGUUCAACCAUUGUAAUCAUCCUUGUUUCUAAAGAGGGAGCUGCUUCUCUCAGAUAAAUAUGGAAAAAUACAUUUUAAUAGACGAUUAGAGUGCUGUAGAGGAAAAGUUGGGUUUAGUUCUCUGGAAAUUAGGGCUAUAUUUAUCUUCCUGCCAGCAAACAAGUGUGGGUAAGUCUUCCAUCUGGAGUUGCUAUAAAUUGCAGGGUGUAACACUGAGUAUGUGGGAGGGGGAGGAACUGUUUUUUUCCCAAACUGCAUGAAAUUCAAAGCAGCGCUAAAAAUAAAUUUGAUAAUAAAUUACCAAUUCCCAGAACUUUUCUUAGCUGAGCUAUUUACUUGUUUUGAAAUGGUAAUUUAUUUUACAAACCAAACUUAGAGGGGUACGUCACAAAUAACAUUACCCAUGCCCUACCUCCUCACCCUAACCUCUGACCCCUAAUCAACUCACCCCUAACCCAAACUCUGUUAUUCAGUAGAAAUAAUUUUUUUUAGGUCAGUUCUUAAAAAUGUUAAAUAAAUGGUGCAGUAGGUGGAGAACAAAUAGAGGAAGAGAAGAACUUCUACACAAAAGGACCCGGAGUUGUACGGACAGUGGUGUUCUACCUGCAUGCUGAUGUGAGCCAGUCCUCGUUACAGGUGUCUUUCCACAAUCAGCCUAGCCUCUGAUGUGGCAUUGCAGAGAACAGUUAGGAGUUGAAUGGAGAAGCUGAAAUGAUCGAUCUGAAGCCUCAGCACUGAGCUCAUCCCCUCUGUGCAGCUGUCAUGCUGCCAGCUCCCCAGUUGCUGAUCUCGGGACUGUUUCCAGGAGAGGAGGACAUGUGCUUGCAAAUCGAUCUCAGCCAAAUCCAUCUCUAAGUCUUUUGUAGCUUUGCAUCAAUUACAGCACAAACCAGUGUGUCAAUUUCUGAUGCCAUCUGAAUUGUCUUUUCAAGGGCUAGGAAAAUGGCUCUGGGAAACCCUGAGGCUCUAACCUUCUACACUAGGCAAAUGGCUCAGUGUAACCAAAGCCAUUGUGUCUGCUUUCUGUCUUCUCAUCACACAGAAACUGCCCAGGUGCUGUGGAAGCUCCCUGGGAAAUGGAUUUUUAGUGUUACAGAUGAAAUAGUUUUUGUUCUGGCUGAGGAAGGCAAAGGGAUGUUUGGUACUUGCCCUUUCCCAAGCACACAGGUCAGGAGACUCGUGGUCUCCACAACUGCAAAAGGCUGUUACAAGGGUGUCCCUCACUAUCCAGCUAUGGGGAGUUGUAACAAUCUCUUAUUUCAAAGUGUAGUCAUUGUCCAAGCAAACUAAAAUAAAAUUAAAGUAUAUUUCCAGUGA